UUCUUUCCGCCAUUCAAAACCAUUCAUCUCUCUCUAUUACAAAGGGAAAAAAAACUCUCUCUGCUUUUUGUUUUUCAAAAGAUUAAAAUGGGUUCUGUAAACUUGCCGCCGUCCAUGACGGUGCUAAAAUGGCUAGGAUUUGUGUCCGCCGUAUGGGUUCAGGCGAUUUCUGGCAACAACUACACUUUCUCCAAUUACUCGGACGCCUUGAAAUCUCUCAUGAAUCUAACCCAACUUCAACUCAAUAAUCUGUCCGUGGCCAAAGAUGUUGGGAAAGCGUUUGGACUUCUGGCCGGAAUCGCUAGUGAUAAGUUUCCGACUUGGGUGAUUUUGCUUAUUGGAUCUGUUGAAGGUCUUGUUGGGUAUGGCACUCAAUGGCUUGUUGUUAGUCGAAGGAUCUCUCCUCUUCCUUAUUGGCAGAUGUGCAUCUUCUUGUGUAUGGGUGGAAACAGCACGACAUGGAUGAACACGGCGGUGCUAGUAACAUGCAUCAGAAACUUCCGGAAGAAUCGCGGCCCAGUUUCCGGCAUUCUCAAAGGCUACGUCGGUCUCAGCACGGCCAUUUUCACUGAUCUCUGUUUUGCUUUGUUCUCCUCCGACCCAUCUUCUUUCCUCCUCAUGCUCUCCUUGGUCCCUCUCGCCGUCUGUCUCUUCGCCAUGUUCUUCCUCCGCGAAAUCCCAACUCAAACCACCAUCACCGCCGCCGAUACCCAACAAGAAUCCAAUUACUUUUCCGUCUUCAACGCUCUUGCUGUCGUCGUCGCCGUUUAUCUCUUAUGUUUCGACUUCGUCAAAAACUCCGGCAGACUCAUCUCCCAAUUAUACUCAAUUGGGCUUCUGAUUCUCCUUGGAUCCCCUUUGAUUAUCCCAAUUUACUCAUUUUUCAAGAGCUGGAACUCGAUUCGGAGCCGGUUGGAUCUGGAGGAGCCGCUAGUGAAAGAAGAAGUGGUAACAGGGGCGGUGAAGGAGGAAGCAGGGGAAACUGCUGUGAUAGAACAGAGAGCGCCGGUGAUUGGAGAAGAACAUACGAUAUUUGAAGCGGUGAGAACGAUUGACUUCUGGGUGUUGUUCGUGUCGUUUUUGUGUGGAGUUGGAACGGGAUUGGCGGUGAUGAACAAUAUGGGUCAGAUCGGAUUGGCUCUGGGUUACGCGGAUGUAUCCAUGUUCGUUUCUCUCACAAGUAUUUGGGGAUUUUUUGGCCGGAUUCUUUCCGGUACAAUUUCCGAGCAUUUUCUCAAGAAAGCAGGCACUCCAAGGCCUCUAUGGAACGCAGCAUCUCAAAUUUUAAUGACCGUUGGAUACGUUUUGAUGGCGAUGGCGAUGCCAGGGUCUCUCUACAUCGGUUCAGUCAUUGUCGGGAUUUGCUACGGCGUUCGUCUCUCCGUCACUGUCCCCACUGCCUCUGAACUCUUCGGUCUCAAAUACUACGGUCUCAUCUACAACAUUCUCAUCCUCAACCUCCCGAUCGGCUCCUUUCUAUUCUCAGGCCUUCUCGCAGGGUUCCUCUAUGACAUGGAGGCGACUCCAACCGAGGGCGGCGGGAACACGUGCAUCGGAGGACAUUGCUAUAGAAUUGUGUUUCUUGUGAUGGCAUUGGCUUGUGUGAUUGGGUUUGUUUUGGACAUUUGGUUGGCGUUUAGAACCAAAGAGCUUUAUUCCAAACUUAAAGCCAACAAGAAAUCAAAAAAGGUAAACAGCAAUAACUCUUAGUGAGCACAAUUUCAUAAUUAAUUGGUGGAUUGAUGGGAAUUUUUACCCAAUGACAUCCUCCAUUAUAUAUAUAUAGUUUUUCUUUUUCUUUUUGAAUUGUUUGAAACAAUGUGAUUAAAGAUUGUGUAAGCAAGUUUUGGAAUUAUCUAUUUACCCUUGUUGUGUAAUGAGUAAUUAGAUUUGUAAUCUUUUAAUCAUGAUUUUUUUCUUAAACAAUAAAAUACAUAUUUAAUUCAUA